UGUGUGUCCAAUAGUGGCAAGGUGCGGGAGUUCCAGUCAAAAAUGGAUAUCGUUACUAUAGUCUUGUGUUCGGUGCUCGCGUUGAUUUUAAUACAACUAUGGCAGGAUAUCAGCAAGAAACUGGAACAUCGCAGAAAAAUUGCCGAGGCAAUUGACGUGUUGCCAGGGGAGAAAUGGUACCCGCUAAUUGGCACCACCUAUUCGUUUCUAAAAGCUGGAAGAAAAAAUUUUUGGAAGGCUUUCACUUACAGAAACAAGACUUACGGACCAAUUUUUAGAACUUGGAUGGGAUUCAUUCCGUCUGUACACGUUAUGAAGCCGCAACAUGUCGAGGUUAUUCUAAACAACAGCCAGAACAUCACGAAAGGUCCCAAUUAUAGAUUUAUUGUGCCAUGGUUGGGACAAGGACUAUUGACUUCCUCUGGACAUCACUGGCAAACGCACAGGAAACUCAUCACACCCACAUUCCAUUUUUCAAUUCUCGAUGCGUUUCAGGAAGUGUUUUACGAAAAGUCCGAGAAACUGGUCGAAAUUUUGAGCCAAAAGGCAGAUGGACAAUACUUUGAUGUUAUGCCUUAUUUGGCCCGUUGUGCGCUUGACGUUAUAUGCGAAACCGCCAUGGGGACCACCGUGAACGCCUUAGGAGACGCCAACUCAGAAUACGUUAGAGCAGUGUAUGACAUGUCUGAGUUGGCUGUUAGUAGGAUGUACAAAGCCAUUCUACACAACGAUAUUAUAUUUCGCAUGUCGGAAAUGGGAAAGCAACAGAAAAAACUAUUAACUACUUUGCAUGGAUUCACCAGAAAGGUCAUCAAAGAGAGGCGCGAGAAAUUGCGCAGUAAGAAUGAGACAAAAAGACAACUCACUGAGGAGGAGAUACUCAUGGGAAAAAAGGAGAGGAAGGCGUUCUUAGAUUUGUUGUUGGAAGGAUCGAACAACUGGACCGAUGAGGAGAUCAGAGAAGAAGUUGACACCUUCAUGUUCGCAGGCCACGACACAACGACGAUCUCGACUUGUUGGACAUUGUUCGCUUUGGCCAAUCAUCCUGACAUUCAAGACAAAGUCCACCAGGAACUGGACCAGAUAUUCCAGGGCACCAACCGGCCAAUAGUUGCCGACGAUCUGAUCGAAAUGAAAUACCUGGACCGCGUGUUGAAAGAGGUCCUGCGGCUCCACAACAUCGUUCCGGCUAUCGCCCGCACCCUCGACAAAGACAUAGUCUUCGACGGACACAAAAUUCCUGCCGGUGUGAUGGUGGUGGUGCAUUUGUACGAGUUGCAUAGAGAUCCGGAACAAUAUCCAGAACCUGAAAAAUUCGACCCGGACCGUUUUCUGCCCGAGAACGCAGCCAAAAGGCACCCAUACGCUUACUGCCCGUUCAGCGCUGGCCCCAGGAACUGUAUCGGUCAAAAAUUCGCAUCAAGAAACAGCAGAACAAUUGUGGCAAACAUCCUGCGCAAAUUCAAAGUGAAGUCUCUAAACACCCCUGAGAAUACCGAAUGCUUUGCCGAAAUCGUUAUGAGACCGCAGGACGGACUGCAAAUUGCCUUAGAGCCCAGAACACCAAAUAUAAAUUAAGCUUAUUUAUUUUAUAAUAAAAACUAUUUUUGUUUUUAUUUGACGUUAAAGGGUUAUAAAUUGUCCAUUAUAUUUUAUAACUAUUAA